UCCUGUAUCAGCCAAUCAAUGGCAGAGUAAGAUAGAGCAGGGCGGGGCAUGCCUUCUCCAUCCUAGGAAAUAAAACACUCUCGCACACCCUUCUUGUUUUCACGGUUUUGACAGCUCGAACUAGACGUUAAAUUAAAUCUGCCCGCUUGUAUAUGUUUAAUCUUUUCUCCAAUACUUUCGGUGCAGUUUCCGACUUGAAUAAUCGACCCGACUAGCUGGAACACUAACAUCACGGUCCGUGAAACCGUCAAGGAAGUAAAAAUGAGUCGCAGUCGGAACCCCCCUCCCCGGGGUCAAGGGGCAGCGCGAGCCAAACAGAUGGGGCUGCUUCUUAACCUGUCCCCGGAUGGAGGGAUGGAUGAUGAGGGAAAUGAUGAAGACCUGGAGGCAGAGCUGCUGAAUCUGGUGGGAGGAGGUGGAGGGAAAUCACAAGGAAAGAAAGCUCCUGUUCCCAUGGCUGAUAUAGAGCAAAUGGCAGCUCUUUGCAUGAAAGACCUGGAUGAUGAGGACAUGGGGGAUGAAGAUUUGGAAGAUGAUGAAGAUCUGCUGGCAGAACUGAAUGAGGUUUUAGAGGAUGAUGAGGAACAAACUCCUACUCCCACCCUUCCUGCUGUCACACCGACUGGUCCCAAAGUGAGCGUCACAUCCCACUCCGCUCCUUCUGCUGCUCCCAGUGGUGCGACUGUGUUGGAGUCUCUCCUGUUGGAGCGCAUUGAAAUGUAUAAGGGAGCCAUUUCCAAUGCCAAGGCUGCGGGGGAGACAAGCAAAGUUCGAAGAUACGACCGUGGGUUUAAGACUCUGCAGACAAUGUUGGCAUCUGUCAGGAAAGGAAAAGCAGUCAAUGAGGAGGAGAUCCCGCCUCCAGUUGCUCUCGGCGGAAAGCCCAACGUCACAGCAGAGUCUGAAUCGAUCAAGGAACAAGAACUGCCAGAGCCCACGCUGAUGCCCUCUCCGCCCACAAAUCAGAAACCUCUGAGGGAGGCUGCGCCAAAAGCUCCUGAUAUGAAGCCGCUCCAUCUGACCGUGCCCCAAAAGCCUGUUGCUGCCAUCACCCCAGAAACACCUGCCAUCUCUCCCCUCACCCCCAGCCAGCCUGACGCACAGCACUCCGAGCUGAAACAGGCUGUGUUGUCCAGACAAAGGGAGUAUAAGAUGGCGGCCAUAAACGCUAAACAGAGCGGCGACAUAGACCAGGCGAAACAGCACUACUUCACUGCCAAGAAGCUGGACAUGCUGGUGGAGGCUGUGGACAGAGACGAACCAGUAGACCUGAGCUCUCUACCUCCUCCUCCUGGAGAUGUAGUAGCAAAACACUGUGCACCUCCUCCUCCUCAGUCUUCCUCUAAACCUGCUGUCCCCGCUGCACCUGCACCCACCCAGGUGGCCACUGUCGAUCUGCCUGCUCCCAGCAGUUUGGCAGAAGCCCUGCAGCAGAGAAUGGACAUAUACAAGUCAGCAGCAGAGGGAGCCAAGAGCAAAGGAGAUGAUCGUAAGGCUCGCAUGCACCAGCGCAUUAUCAAGCAAUACCAGGAUGCCAUCAGAGCUCACAAAGCUGGACGACCUGUCACUUUGUCGGAUCUACCUGUGCCACCAGGCUGUCCACCACUUCAGGGCUCAGAGGGGGGUCAGCAGAACUUCAUGGGUGUCCUGGAAACGGCUAUGAAAAUAGCUAAUCAGGAUGCAGACGCAGAAGAGGAAGAAGAGGAUGGUCAAAGAGAGGCUGCCAAGCCCGCAGUGCGUCCACCUACCCAGAAAGCAAAGUCUCCAGCUCCUCAGGCCCCGGGAGGCUCCUCAGCUCCAAAACUGGGAUCUAAAGCCCAGCAGCAAGUGGAUUUACUGUUGCUAAGGCGACAAGCUUUUUUGCGUGCAGCGCUGCGCUCCAAACAGAUGAAGGACAUGACUGGAGCAGCGCAGUACCUCAGACAUGCCAAGGGACUGGACCCCAUGAUCACUGCUGCCAAGUCUGGCCUACCUGUCGAUAUCACCAAGAUUCCCAGUGCUCCAGUGAGUGAGGAGGACUACGCCCUGGCUCGCUCCCGCAACUCCCCUCUCUCCCAACGCUCCAGUGAACAGUACCACGGCCUCAUGGAUCUUUUGCGGAGGCAGCAUGAGAAAUGUUUGGGAUACUCUCAACAGCUCACACUCAUGGGCAAUGUGUCUGAGGCUCUGAAGUUUGAGAGGCUAGUUGAGGAGUGUAUGAAGAACAUAGAGAUACUGAAGAAUGCACACGCCAAGGGCCAGCCAGUCCCCAAGUGCCGCACAGAGGAGAGGACCUUCAACACUAUCAAGAGCAACUCCAACCUGACACCUAAUGACCUGAUACUGUACAUCAUCAAAGGCAUCAACCUACCAGCUCCCUCAGGUGUCUCACCCAAUGAUCUGGAUGCCAGUGUGAAGUUUGAGUUUCCUUUUCCCAGCGCGGAGGAGGCUCAGAGGGACAAAACGAGCACAGUAAAGAGCACCAACAGCCCAGAGUUUAAAGAGAAUUUCAAACUCAACAUCAACCGCGCCCACCGAGGCUUCAAACGAGUCAUCCAAUCCAAAGGCGUCAAGUUUGAAAUCAUCCACAAGGGAGGCCUGUUUAAGACGGACAAAGUUGUGGGUACUGCUCAGCUGAAGCUAGAGGCUCUAGAAAACCAUUGUGACAUUAGAGAGAUAAUAGAGGUGAUGGAUGGACGUAAAGCUACAGGUGGCAAGUUGGAGGUGAGGGUGAAGAUCAGAGAGCCUUUAUCAGGAGUUGAUCUCCAGCCGGUGACGGAGAAGUGGCUGGUUCUCGAUCCUGUGUCCCCCAUUUCUCCUCCAGAGAGACAAAAGGAACGGGCUCCAUCUCCUCGGUCUAAACCCAGACAUGAAUCGAGCAGCAGGAGCAGUCAUCCCAACAACUCUCCUCCACAGUACAAACUCCACAGCUUCAGCCUCCUCAACUAUGACAGGGAGCGGCUGGAGAGAAAGAUUGCAGAGUACCGAAAGGCACGACGGGAUCCCCCAUCUGACCUCGUCCAUCAACACAAAGAGGUCACACACAGACUGCAGUGGCAGAAAGCACAGCUGGAGCGAGCCUCUUCUGCUCUACUGACAGAGUAUGAAAAUGUGCUGCAGCGCUCCGUCCAAGGGUAUGCUGACUCUGUGAAGAAAUACUCCAGCCAAGGCAACAGGGUGAGUACAGUUGUACAGAGGACACUUGUGUGUGUACAUGUUCGUUCUCAUUGUGUAAAGUUUUCAUUCUCUUUUUAUAGGACGCUGCCAAGGAUUCGCUGGGCAAGUUGAAGAUGGUAGAGAAUGAGCUGGAAUCGCUUAAAAGGAAGCGCACAGGAUGAGAGGAGAGUAAGGGAGUGGAGACUUGGCUGGAGUACUGUUAUAUCAUCUCUCUCUCUCUCUCUCUCUCUCUCUUUCUCAUACACACUCCUAUACAAACACUACAGUGGGUACUUUAAGCACCUUUAGCAUGAUUCUAUGCUGCCCAUGUCCAUGACAACUGCAUGAACCAACCGGACAAUUCUGUCAAUUGAUCGUAUAACUUGCAUCACUUGUGGUUAGAUGCCUGCCACAGUAAUUAAAAAGAAAUCUCUAACUACAAAGGGACACAGAAAUUAAAGCAAGCAUUAAAAUGUGUUAAGGGAGAAACAGGCUUCUUUGCACUUAAACACUAGAGAAAGCUGCUUUUAAAGCACAUAUUUACAAACCUUACCUGUUUUGUUCAUUUCCCAUUUUUUCCUUUGAAAAUUGUUGGUGAAAGAUCCGUCAGAAGAUUUAUAAGUUUUACAUUUGGCACCAGCUCAGAGAGUCUGUUGGUGUCUACAGAUGACCAAAAAAUAUAUGUGUGUGUGUGUGUGUGUGUGUGUGCUCUGAAGUGUGUUUAACCAAUCGACUAAGGUGUUUUUAACCCCUUUUCCCAUAUUUUAUGUGUGUAAUGAGCUUAAUCUAAUCUGUCUGCUCCAGUGUUCCCAGAUUACAGUAAUCUGCUCCGUUUGGAGUGGUGUGAUAUGGGAAUAAAAAAAUGGGGCUUCGGGGCACCGCAGCCUACAUCCCAUAACGAGGGAUUAGUGUUUGUGUCACCAAGGAGACGACUAGAUCAGACGUAGAGUCGCCUUUGGGGCUGGGAAGAGGGGGUGUUAGCAGCGUGCCAUGAAUGUGGUAGAAGCUUAGCUCUGCAAAAGGAUUGCUUCUUCUUCAUCAUCAGCUGUUUCUUCGUUGUUGUGUUCUUCAUCUUCACUUUCUUCACACUAAUUCCGUAUAUUCAAAGAUUAUUCAGAGUCAUGAGUAAUAGGCCGCUCCACUAGGAUUUUCUUUAAACUCUUCAAUAAUAUUAAGCCCAUUAUGUUGUCGAUUAGAAAAUAAUUAACAGCUGCUGCCUCAGCUUGCUGCUAUUUGCCAUAGAUUUUGGCAUAUGCAGUUUACAAAACCAGAUUCUUUCCCACUGAGAUCUCCAGUGGCAGUACAGUGGAUGCUGAAUAGUCUGCCCACAGAAAGACAACUCAAUAUGUGUCAGUGAUGCUGGGUAAUUGCUCAUUUCUAUUUCUGUUGCCCCAUAGACAUCUCUGUCAUAGGCACCCUUGUCAUUCCUCUCUACUUUACACUUAUAGUGGCCGUGAAGUCUAGGGAACAAAUAUCAGACAAAUCCUGUAAAACUUUGAAAAGAUGUGUGACAAAUGCAGACGCCUUGAAAUUAAUCGUUUUGCCACAACAACACUAGAUGUACAAAAACAGGAAUGUGACGAAUAUGUCUGUUUAGAGGACAGACGUUUCCUCUGUGUGUUGGACAACCUGCUAACCUGACAGCAGAUUCCGUCGACCCACGUUGAUUGCAUGCAGCCGGGAUGUAGCAAACUAGUUUGAAUGAACCUUACUUCAUUUGACUCUUCAAUGUGGAUGAUGUCUGUUUACUCCACUAAUAGUUUUUUUGGUCACGUGACACAGCAGAGAAUCAUGUGUUUGCCCUAAUCCACUCACUGCUUCACCCCAUUAGCAAAUAAUCCUGGUUAAAGUUGACCUGAUAUGGCCCUCCAUAGUCUGUGUUGAUUUCUGUAUAACACCCCUUCCCCCUCUUUUUUUUUUAUCUAUCAGGAGAGGAUAUCUUCUGACUCUUUGUAAAUGAUACGUUAAUGGUUCUUUUGAUCAGCUGAUAUUCUUUUAGAUGGACAGAUGAUUGCUUAUAGUGGCACGAUAACUUUUAGUUAAUUAUGAGGUGGCUCUGAAAGGACUACUGUAUGCCAAUGUGUGUUUGCAACUCCUUAAUUACAAGUCAUGUAAUUAUGUAUCAUAAUAAUCAAUGUAUGCAGCACAGUUUCAGAUUUGAUGUAUUUUCCCUACUGUUCCAGGCAGCCAUUAGUUUCCAUUUAUUUCAGUGCAGUAUGAAUCAAACAUUUGGUCAAACAUUAAUUGCUCAACAUUUAUUUGUGUUAAUUUAUGUUAUUUAUUCGAAAGACGGCAUUAACGAUGAGGAUUAAGAUGAUGUAACUUUGACAAAAAUGAAAGCAGACUCAAUGAUUCACACAUUGGUUUAACUGGUUUUCAUACUGUAUUGAAAUGAAUAGAAAUAAAUGGCUGCCUAAAUCUGUUAAAAAAACAAAAUAGGACUAUAGAUUAAUUAUUUGGUCUACGAUGCAAAAACAACGUCUUCAUUUUUCUUGUUUUGUUAGACCCGACACUCCAAAACCCAGAGAUAUUAAGUUUACUAUCAUAUAAGACGAAGAAAAACUAAAAUUUCUCAGAAUUUAGAAGCUGGAUAUAGGGAAUUGUGUUUUGGCUUGAAAACGGAUUUAAACGAUUCAAUUAUUAAAUCGAUCAAUCUUAAAAAAAAAAAUGUAAAGAACAAGCUGUGAUGUAAACUAGUUUGUAGUUAAUGUGCUAAAACAUGCAAAGCCACCACGUUGGUUCUUUAACAGAAAAUGUGUUUUUUCUGAUUUACAAAGUCAAGUAAAUGGUGAAUAAGAACACGUAGCUCUGACAUAACGGGGGGGUUGCAGCACUCACAUGCUUUAACGUUGUUAAACGCACACAGAACUGCAGCCGAGCAGCACUCCUUUCUCUAACUCCAAAACCUUUAACCCCACGUCACCUCAGACACACAAACACACACACACAUCACCCCACUGCUCGAGUAACCUCACAGCCUCUGAGGCUGUCCUGUUGUCAUAGCAACGAGCUCAUCAGCAUUCAGUGUGGUAGUUGGAUGGUCAGGACCCAGGGAGAGGGACAUAUUGUCAAAGUUUGUCAUGCUGGUGACUCACACUCCUUUCUCACAUUUACAAGACACCACACACACUCCUCACUUUUUUUUUUUUUUUUUUUUUAAGGUUGUUUGGCUCUCCUCUCUGUUUGAUCCUACUUUGUAAUCUGGCUGACCUCCAUUUAAAAAGGAGAACGUUUGGUGAAUUGUUUGUCAUUAUUGGUAAUAUUUCUGUCCUGAUCUGCUGCAGUAAAUGUAUUCUUCUGGUCUUCUGGGACAUACUAUUCUUGAACCUAUGACAUUUUUUAAUCCAUUAAAUCAUGUAAGGGCAAUCAACAUAAAUGUAAUAUUUGUAUACAGUAAAUAUACAACAUAUUUUUAUGUGUAAGUCAUGAUUUGUGCAGCUCAGACAGGGAAUGUAUGAAGGACUGAUUGUUAAGGCUUUAUUAUGUAGGAGGUUGGUGUGAAUAUGAAUAAAAUAGUGAAACAGCA